AUGUCAAAGGGAGUCUUGUACACGGUUUUUAACCUGUAUGCACAUUUCUUUCGUCGUGAAGACACCGGUUUUCGAAAAGCUGUUCCACAAGAGAAAAGAAUGGCCAUUGUUUUGUAUUGGGUGGCACACGCCCCUUCUUUCUCAACACUGGCGGCUCUCUUUGGAACAGGGAAAGCAACUGCUGUAUCCAUUGUCCACACAGGAGUGCAAGCACUACGUCGUUACAUUGUUCCGUCAUCAAUCAGAUUUCCUACAGGCAAUGAGUUGUCACCGGUGGUCUGUGACGUUGAAGCAUCGCGUCACCUUCCACAGUGUGCUGGUGCUCUUGACGGGACGUUUAUGAGAAUAGAGAAACCUGUUUAUUAUGAAGAUGCAUAUUAUUGUUACAAGCGGUUUCAGGCUAUUAUUAUUUUAGGCUGCGUAGAUGCUCAGGGUAUCUUUACUUUUGUAAAUUCAGGAAGACCUGGAUCGGUAGGAGUUUCAUUUUCAUUCAAUAGAAGCAGCUUGAAAAGACACAUAGAUUUAGAGGAAUCGCUAUCUCCAGCAUUUUCAAAGGCGAUAAAUGGACAAGAUAUUAGACCUUUUCUGGUUGCAGAUGCAGCAUUUUCCCUCAGUCCAACAGCAUUAAAGUGCUAUAAUGGACCCAAUCUCACUGCACAGCAAUCAUGUUUUAAUUACUCUGUGAUUCGAACACGACGGGUUGUUGAGCAGGCAUUUGGAAGGCUCAAAAGAAGAUGGAAAAUCUGUUCAUCAAACAGAGUUAAGGAUCCAAUCUUUGCAGGAAUAGUGGGAUCAGUUUGUUGUGGAUUACACAACAUCUGUGAACGUUACAGCUGCCCUUUUGAGAACGAUAUAUUUCCAGAUCCUCAUGUAUUUCAACAAGACCAAGACGACAAUGAUGCAGAUCUCCUUCAAGCUGGAAGGCAGAUCAGGGAUGUAGUUGUUGACUGGAUUUAUGUUCAUUUUUCAGGAUAG